AUGUCCAGUACCAUCAAGGGGGUACUGGUCGCCCUGUGCCUCGGGAGCGCGGUGGUGAACUGUAUGCCCCAGACCAGGACGCACAAGAGCAAGCGACAAGCGCAGCAGCAUCAGGUCUCCUCCGUGUCGCAAGAGGGCUGUGUGGAGAAUGGUCAGUUUUAUGGCGUCAAUGACCAGUGGGAGCGGCCGUACCUGGGCAGCAUUCUGGUCUGCACCUGUCAGGGAGUCGCUGGGAUUAAAUGCACCAGUAAACCAGAUGAAGAGGAAAAGUGUUUUGACAAGAUAAACCAGCGUUCCUACACUGUUGGAGAAACGUAUGAGAGGCCAAAGGACGGGAUGAUCUGGGACUGCACCUGCAUCGGAUCUGGGAGAGGGAAGAUCAGCUGCACCAUUGGCAAUCGCUGUCAUGAAGGAGGGGCCUCUUACAAGAUCGGGGACACCUGGAGAAGACCCCACGAAACCGGAGGCUACAUGUUGGAAUGUGUGUGUCUUGGAAAUGGGAAAGGAGAAUGGACUUGCAAACCAGUGGCGGAGCGUUGCUACGACAACACCGGGGGGACGUCCUACAUCGUGGGUGAGACGUGGGAGAAGCCAUACCAGGGCUGGAUGGUGGUGGAUUGCACCUGUAUGGGAGAAGGCAGCGGGCGGAUCACGUGCACCUCCAGAAACCGCUGUAACGACCAGGACACACUGUCCUCUUACCGCAUCGGAGACACCUGGAGCAAGACGGACGCGAGGGGGAACUUACUGCAGUGUCUGUGCACUGGGAACGGUCGGGGGGAGUGGAAGUGUGAGAGACAUGCCCAGCUUCACACCACUGGCCUGGGCUCUGGCUCUCGUGUGAUCACCAACAUCCAGCCCGUGGUCUAUCAGCCGUCUGUCCCUGAGCUUCCAGUGGAUGGACCCUGCAGAUCGGACGCUGGACUUUUCUAUUUUAUUGGACAACGAUGGAUCAAGUCCCAGGGAACCAAGCAAAUGCUCUGCACCUGUCUCGGAAACGGCAUCAGCUGCGAACAAUGGGAUGGCCCCGCUCCAGUGUACGGCGGUAACUCCGGUGGAAAACCCUGUGUUUUCCCGUUCGUUUACAAGGGAAAGACUUACCAUUCCUGCAUCUCGGAAGGACGCAGCGACGGACAGCUCUGGUGCUCCACGGCCUCCGACUUUGAGGCUGAACAGAAGUAUUCUUUCUGCACUGAGCAAAAUGCCAUCGUGACGACCAGAGGAGGAAACUCUAACGGAGCCCUGUGUCAGUUCCCGUAUCUUUACAACGGGCGCAAUUACAGCGACUGCACGUCUGACGGCAGGAGAGACGGCAUGAAAUGGUGCGGGACCACGACUGACUACGACGCUGAGCACAGAUUUGGAUUCUGCCCCAUGGCUGCUCAUGAAGAAGUGUGCACCACCCCAGAGGGGGUCAUGUACCGUGUGGGCGACCAGUGGGACAAGCGCCACGAUGUCCUGGGUCACAUGAUGAGGUGCACCUGCGUCGGGAACGGCAGAGGGGAGUGGAGCUGUGUCGCCUAUUCACAGAUUAAAGGUGAUGUCUGCCACUUAAAAUGA